CAUAAUCAGACCCCAAACUGUCGGUCCGUCCGGUAAUUCGCCUGAAUGAAAACAGAGGAGCGACGCCACUCUCGGUGAAGCAGCUUUCUGGCGACUAAACUCGACUGCAACCGAACGCUGUGCUGUCUUCUCGGGUGUCAACGGUGCACAUCUUCAAUCGGAGCUCCGUGUGCUGGGCGUGACACAGCAGCAUGGACCCACGAAAAGUGUCCGAGCUCAAGGGCUUCGUGCAGUUGUGCGAGUCCAACCCCGGGAUCCUGCACCUUCCAGAGAUGAGCUUCUUCCGCACCUGGCUGCUCAGCAUGGGGGCGACAAUACCACCCCCACCUGAGACAAAGGGUUCAUGCCAGGGCGGUUGUCCGUGUGGUCCCCCUCCCACAGCCGCUUCCCCACCGGAGCCGGAGCCUCCUGUGCUGUCUGAGAGUGAGGAGAGUGAAAUAGAAAUCGACAAAGAGGGAGUGAUCGAGCCAGACACCGUUGAGCCGCAAGACAUGGGCGAGUUUGACAACACUGAGGUCACAGAGGAAAUGAUGGAUCAAGCCAAUGAGAAGAAGAUAGAAGCCAUUAAUGCUCUUGGAGAAGGUGACCUGCAGAAAGCUCUGGAUCUUUUCACUGAAGCUAUCAGGUUCAACCCCCGUUUAGCCGUCUUGUACGCCAAAAGGGCAAGUGUCUACAUCCAGAUGCAGAAGCCCAACGCAGCAAUAAGAGACUGUGACAGAGCCAUCAGCAUCAACCCAGACUCUGCACAGCCGUACAAGUGGAGGGGAAAAGCUCACAGGUUGCUGGGUCACUGGGAGGAGGCAGCCAAGGACCUGGCUAUAGCCUGUAAACUGGACUAUGACGAGGACGCCAGUGCGAUGCUGAAGGAGGUCCAGCCAAAGGCAAACAAAAUCGUGGAGCAUAGACGCAAAUAUGAGCGCAAGAGAGAAGAGAAGGAAGUUCGAGAAAAGCAGGAGCGGAUAAAGAAAGCCAGAGAGGAGCAUGCACGGGCCCAGAGGGAAGAGGAGGCACGACAGUAUGGUGGAGGAUACUUCCCAGGCCCUGCUGGAUUCCCAGGCGGAGCUCCUCCUGGCAUGCCUGGUCUUGGUGAGCUGCUGAAGGAUCCCGAGCUCCUAAAUGCCAUGAAGGAUCCUGAGGUGAUGGCUGCCUUCCAGGAUGUGGCUCAGAACCCGGCCAACAUCGCCAAGUAUCAGAGCAACCCCAAAAUCAUGGGCCUCAUGAACAAGCUGAGUGCCAAAUUCGGAGCUUCAGCGCAGCCAUAGACGGAAAAAGACCAAAGCGGAGUGGAGGGGGUAGAGUGAAUACGUGGUGAACAGUGUGGAGAGCGACGCUUUUCAACAAUUACUCACUGUGUGGUUCAAACAGAGGAGCAGGUGACGGGUUAGCUGGUGUGACGUAGAGGAAGUUUUUUUUAAAUGUUCUUAAUCAGCCUGUUAGCACUUAGCAAACAUCUCAAUAAAGCAACUCGAUGGUUAGGAGUCGGAUCCGAUCCUUAGACAACCCCUUCAGCUGGGACUUUCCUUAACCAAAGGUUGACGUUUCUUAACCUGUCUAUCUGGUACAGCUAAACUGGGAGCAUUGAGACGCAAGCAUUUCUACAGCCAUUUAAUACGUCAUAACGGUUUAGCUACGUUUGUUGUUUUUUUUUCUUUUUGUGAACAGAGCCGAAAUCUCACACACAACUUCGGCACUUUUUGUUAUCAGAUCUGUUAUUAUAAAUAUUAAAAACAAUGUACUGAUCUUGAUGUUUGACCUUGUUGGAAAAAUUGAUCACAAUAAUAAAACCUCUGUUGCUGCAAAA